AUGACUCCCAAAGGCCACAUUUUCUCAAAGUGCUCAAGCCAAAAUCUUGACAUUACUCAUAAGCCAUACUACGAAGAGUCCAUUCGGGACAACAGGUCCACCAAGGAUGGUGAGGUGAGGAAGCUUUUGCUAUGUUCGGCCGAGUUUGGGUCGGACCCCGGGGCCUGUAUCAGUAUGACCCCUUCCAGUUGCAAGAGUUCCAAGUUCCCUCUCUCUUGUCCGAAGAUUGUACGAAUUUAUGUGGAUACAAUACCAAUGAAACAUCGACUCAUCAGAAUCUGUCCUACGAUUACAUACGAGCUCCAAGCCGACCCUUACAGAUCCGGCGAAGCGAUCACAACUCAAGAAUGGCAUGACUUACUCAAAACACAAGAUUUUGGCCAGGUGGUUGAGCGCGACGAAUUCCCCCCCGGCCGCGACGUCAUACAAAUCCGGCAGCCCAAUCGCAACUCACCUCCGGCUCAAAUCAUCUCCCUCCAUCCCGAUUCCUCGCGUAAGCUGGAUCAACAACAACAAGAUCCCCUAACAAACCCUGCCAAAACGACGUCUUCUACCGCUCCAUCUGACUCGGGCUCGGUUUCUCGGGAAGCACUCGACCAACAACCCCGACGAAGGAUGUCGAGCAAAAUCGACGGUGAUCAAGAGUCCAUGAUCAUCACGAUGAUCAUCGUAAUCCAAAGACCUCACAAAGUCAUCUCGCAUCUGAUCCCCCCCAGAACUGUUAAAGACCAUGCAUAUAAUUCCUGUCCAUCUCUAGAGUACAAUUUCCUCAUAACGGUCCUGAUCAUCUAAUAAUUUGGUUGUUAUUUUUUUUGGGUCAUGUAGUGUUUUUUUUUUGGGUGACCAGA